CUCAAGCGAGAAAGCAAAACCUGCUCACGGCGGAAUAUUUCCUUCCUGCGCGAAGGAAACAAUAGUGACCCUGUGAUGUGUUAUAGAGGUCAAGCUAUGUUAUAUUCGCAUACCCAGUCUUGUAUCUGAUUUAAUUAUUGCAUGACCACCAAGAGUUGCUCUUGUCCAUAGUAGUAACCAGCCCUGUUUGUUUGUCAUGGCCAUUGCUGCAUCUUUGUCUCUCCUGUACCACGGAGUCCAGCACACUUCUUUGCAGUCACUGGCUGUAUUCUCCAUUCUUGUCCCAAUUCUUUAUAUCUUGAUCAAUGAAUUUGUUCGAGCCUCCGCUCGAGUUAAGGGACUCAAGGGUCCUUGUGGCCUCCCUUUGAUUGGCAAUCUUGCGCAAAUCCGUACGAAUGCUGCAGAGCAGUAUCGCGUCUGGUCCAAAGCAUAUGGGCCUGUGUAUCAGAUUCAACUAGGAAACAUCCCUGUCAUUGUUGUAAAUUCGGCGGCGGCGGCAAAGGUUCUCUUCGGUCAAAACGCGCAAGCCCUAUGCUCAAGACCCGAGUUUUAUACCUUCCAUAAGCUUACAGUCGCAAUUCAGAUUGUAUCAACUACAACUGGUACAACUAUCGGGACUUCUCCGUACAGCGAAUCACUGAAGAGACGCAGAAAAGGCGCCGCGUCGGCUCUCAAUCGUCCGUCUGUGGAGUCUUACGUGUCGCAUCUGGACGUGGAAUCCAAAGCUUUUGUGGAGGAGCUCCACAGAUACGGAAAAGGUGGGGAGGAACCAGUAGACCCCAUGGCGAUGAUUCAGCGUCUAAGCUUGAGUCUAUCCUUGACCUUGAACUGGGGAGUACGUGUGGCGUCUCAAGAGGAAGACCUAUUUACCGAAAUUACCCACGUCGAGGAAGAGAUAAGCAAAUUCAGGAGUACCACAGGGAACCUGCAGGACUAUAUCCCUCUUUUGCGUCUAAUUCCGUUCAGCAGGCACUCCAAGAUAGCGAAAGAAAUGAGGGACCGGCGUGAUAAAUAUCUCUUAACUUUGAAUCGCGACUUGGAUGAGCGCAUGGAAAAAGGCAUCCACAAGCCCUGUAUUCAGGCAAAUGUCAUCCUUGACAAGGAUGCUAGACUGAGUACAGAAGAACUGGCUUCAAUUAGCUUAACUAUGCUUUCUGGUGGCCUUGAUACAAUCACUACCUUAGUGGCAUGGAGUCUUGGCUUUCUUUCCCAACGCCCCGAUAUCCAAGCAAAGGCCGCGCAGGAGAUUCAGAUGAUGUAUGGCCAGCAUCAGCCUUUAUGUGACCACGUGGAUGAUCAGAAAUGCACAUACGUUGCUGCUCUGGUGAGAGAAUGUCUGAGAUAUUUCACAGUGCUCCGACUUGCGCUCCCCCGAACCUCAAUCAGAGAUGUUACAUAUAAUGGGACCGUGAUUCCCAGUGGCACUGUGUUUUUCCUAAAUGCCUGGGCCUGCAAUAUGGACCCUGAAGUCUGGAGUGAUCCGGAGGAUUUCAGACCAGAGCGAUGGUUUGAACAGCCCGAUGCUCCUUUUUUCACAUAUGGAAUGGGCUAUCGCAUGUGUGCAGGCUCGCUUCUUGCCAACCGUGAACUAUAUAUUAUUUUCAUGCGAACCCUGAGCACCUUCCACAUUGAACCACUCUGCGAAGCUGAUUGGCAUCCCUUACGCAGCAACUUGGAUCCUACAAGUCUAGUGGCAAUCCCCAGGAAGUAUAAAGUUAGAUUCAUUCCUAGGGACGAGAAAUCCCUUUUACGGGCCCUGGUGGAGUGAUAGAUUAUGACAAUAAGGCGUUGAGCCAGGAUUUGACUGCUUAUAUGGCUGUCUUACUUUGCACGUACCUAAUCUGAAUUAUAGCAAUUGCCAAUUUAGCAGGCUCAACUCUUGCUUUGAAGAGAGUAUGUUUGG